AUGGACUCAAGCGUUGAUAGUUUGUUUGAUGCAUUGAAGAAGGCUAGCAGUAAAACCAAACCAGUUUCUGAGGCCUCUAUAGGGCUAGAAGAAAAUCAUAACUCUGAUGUCCUAAAAUUGGAUAGUGAGACUAAGGAUACUGAAAAGAUAUUCGAAGAGAUUGAAGUAAACUUGCGUAAGUUGCCCAAGCUGAGUACUGGAUUUGAUAAAUUAGCUAAGGAAAAGAAUGAAAAAGACGAAAAGCUACAGCUACCGCAAGAGGAAAAGCAUAAAAGCAAGAACAAGAGCACAUCAAAUGGUUGGUUUACUCUACCUAAGCCAGAUGAUAAUAGACGCAGAGAAAUACAGAGAGAUUUGGUACUAAUCAAGCACCGUGCCGCUCUAGAUCCAAAAAGACAUUAUAAAAAGGAACGUUGGCAAGUACCGGGAAGGUUUUCUAUUGGUACUAUUAUUGAAGACAAAACAGAAUUCUUUAGUAGUAGGAUCAAUAAGAAAGAAAGAAAACAAACUAUCAUAGAAUCUUUGAUGGCUGAUGAUGAACGAAACAAAUACUUCAAGAGAAAGUACAACGAAAUUCAACUUCAAAAAACAAGUGGUAAGAGGGCACAUUAUAAGAAACAAAAAGCUUUAAGGAAAAAAUUUUAG